AUGGGGGAAACGCAAGGAGGCGGUCAUGGCGUGGUUCCACGGCUGUGCAAGGAGCUAACAGUUCCAUCUGUUAUGCUUGAAGGCUCUUCUGAGGAGGAUCAAGAAGGUAGCGGAGGAGAGACAGAGCUCCCUGAAGUUGAUGUACAUGGUGUAGACCAAGAGCUCAAGCACCAUCUCCUGAAGAAAUACAGUGGCUAUCUAAGCUCGCUCAAGCAAGAACUGUCAAAGAAGAAGAAGAAAGGGAAGCUCCCUAAGGAGGCUCGCCAGCAGCUCCUUAGCUGGUGGGAUCUGCACUACAAAUGGCCUUACCCCUCAGUACGUCUUCUUUUUAUUCUUCCAUUUUUAAAAUUGUUGGCAACACAUGAUUUUGAUGCCAAGUAUUCAUGA